GAGACAGGCAAGCAGGGUGGGGGCUAGGCUGCGUGGCGCGCAGUGCCCUGCCGGCCGUGCCGGCCGCGCGCAGUUGUCACCCGGCGGCCGCAGACACCGGCGCACACAUUCAAGACACCGUCGCUCCGACCGUCUCACCGACUCUGCAUUGCUUCGCCUGACCAUGGCCGUAGCGGCGACGCUGCUGUUUGUGCUGGCCGUGACCCACGCCAGUGUGGCCAGCCUCAACAUGAACGACCUGCGCCAGGAUCAGGGUCUCAUACCGCGAAAUGUACAGUCGCCGUGGACGUGGCGCUGCUCGGGGGCCCCGGAGCACCAGUGCAAGCGCCACCGCCUGGAGCAGCGCGAGACCCCCAUGGCGGCGUCCACCUGCAAGAUGGCGUGCGGUGCGGGCGCCAACCUGUGGCCGCGCCCGCGGAGCGUCAACGUCGACCACGCCCUCCACUCCAUGAACUUCAACGCGAUCAACCUCGAGUUCACGGACGCGAACGGCAACGCACUCGACAUGUCCAGGGCGGCGGACGGUCUGCUGGAGAAGAUGGCGUCGCGGUUCCGCGCACAGCAGGAGGACAAGGCCACCACCGAGGACGGCAGCGUGCUCGUCAAGGACGGCGGGCACAGCGUCGAGGUCAAGGCCGUCAUCAAGGACCCCUGCGUGUCGGCCAUCAGUUUGGACAUGGAUGAGAGCUACGAGCUCAUCGUCGAUAAAGCAAACGACAUGGUGAACGUGACCCUGGUGGCCGACAACGCGUACGGCGCGCGCCACGGCCUGGAGACGCUCAACCAGCUCAUCGUCCGGGACGAGCUGCGGCGCGAGAUGUUGAUGCCCGUCAAGGCCCGCAUUGUGGACUCGCCCGGCUACAAGUACCGUGGAAUCCUCCUCGACACGGCUCGCAGCUUCGUCUCCAUCAAGGCUAUCAAGCGCACCAUCGACGCCAUGGCCGCCUCCAAGCUCAACACCUUCCACUGGCACAUCACCGACUCACACAGCUUCCCCUUCGUCUCCAAGACUCAUCUGAUGUUCAGCCAGUACGGGGCCUUCUCUCCCGAUGAGGUGUACACCCCGCAGGCCAUCGAGGAGCUGGUGGAGUACGCGCGCGUGCGCGGCGUGCGCGUGCUGCCCGAGUUCGACGCGCCGGCCCACGUCGGCGAGGGCUGGCAGUGGGUGGGCCACAACGCGACCGUCUGCUUCCGCGCCGAGCCCUGGCAGAAGUUCUGCGUGGAGCCGCCGUGCGGCCAGCUGGACCCCACCGUCGACAAGGUCUACGACGUGCUGGGCGGCAUCUACCGCGACAUGCUGGACGCCUUCAAGCCCGACAUGUUCCACAUGGGCGGCGACGAGGUCAACUUCAACUGCUGGAACACGACGGAGUCCAUCAUCAGCUGGAUGAGGCAGAACAACGCGUCGGCCCGCACCGGCGACGACUUCCGCAAGCUGUGGGACGUCUUCCAGACCCGCGCGCUCCAGAAGCUCGUGGAGGCCAACGAGGGCAAAGAGCUCCCAGUCGUCCUGUGGACGAGCGGCCUCACCGCGCCCGGCAAGGUUGACAGAUACCUCGACCCCAAAAAGUACAUUAUCCAGAUCUGGACCAAGGGCGACGACCUCCUGAUCAAGGAGCUCGCGGAAAAGGGCUACCGCCUCAUCUUCUCCAACUACGAGGCCCUGUACUUCGACUGCGGCUUCGGCGCGUGGGUGGGCGAGGGCAACAACUGGUGCUCGCCGUACAUCGGCUGGCAGAAGGUGUACGACAACGACCCCCGAGGCCUGCUGCGCCGCAUGGGUGUCACGGACCCGCGCCUGCUGCAGAACGUCCUCGGCGCCGAGGCCACGCUCUGGACGGAGCAGGCCGACUCGUACUCGGUGGACGGGCGCCUGUGGCCGCGCGCGGCCGCCAUGGCGGAGCGCCUGUGGACGGCGCGGGACGACAUGACGUGGAGGGACGCCGAAGUGCGCAUGCUGGAGCAGCGCAACCGACUCGUCAAGCUGGGCGUGCAGGCCGACCGCCUGGAGCCACAGUGGUGCGACCAGAACCCGGGCCUCUGCUACCUCAGCUCGCGGCCCCAGGAUCAGCCGGACACGACCGAACACUGAGCCCCAACGAGAGGGAAUUAGGUCGAUAUUUCAAUUUCUGAAACUGACAAGACUGCAGAAGUACGCAACGGGUGGGGAAUGUGCUGAAACAAAUUUUCUAGGCCACAAAUGUUUGCGAAUACUUUAUUGUAACAAUAAAGGCACUAAACAAACUUCAA